AUGGAAGGUAUAAGUGAUUGUGCAGCUGGGUCAACAAGUCACCCUCCGUUUCUUGAUGACAAAACCAACUAUGCAUCAUGGAAGGCUAAGAUGAAAGCUUUUUUGUGGGCAAAAGAUGUAGCUGUAUGGGCUGUUAUUGAAAGUGGUUGGGAGUAUCCAACUAAGACUGAAAAAGUUGACACAAAAGAGAUUGGAGAGGGCAGUUCUACUGUUGAAGCCAAAGUUAAGAAGCCGAUGAGUGAAUGGACUAUAGAUGAGAACACCAAGAGUACAAAUAAUCAGAAAGCAUUAAACUCUAUCUUCACAGCGGUAUCCUCUGAUAAAUUUCAGCUUAUUUCUCAUUGUUACUCUGCAAAGCAAGCAUGGGAUAUUCUCCAAGUUACUCAUGAAGGCACUACAGCUGUUCGAGAAUCCAAGCUUCAGCAACUUAUCCAGCAAUUUGAAAAUAUGAAGAUGGGUGAUGAUGACAAGUUUGCUGAUUUCUAUGCUAGGCUCAGUGUUGUUGUGAAUGGUUGUUUCAACUUAGGAGAUCCCAUACCUCAGCACAGAAUAGUCAAGAAAAUACUCAGGUCUCUUCCUAUGAAAUAUCAUUCCAAGAAGAUAGCUAUUCAAGAGUCGAAGGACCUGAAUACCUAUAAUCUGCAAGAAUUGAUAGGAAACUUAACCACAUAUGAGAUGGAACUCCCUGAUGAAAUGAAGAGCAAAAGCAUAGCUCUUAAAGUGAAGAAAGACAUUGAAGAUGAGUCAACAGAUGAAGAGGAUGCUGAUGAAGAUGAAAUUGAUCUUGUCACAAGAAAAUUCAGAAAAUUUCUCAAGGAUAGGAAAUUCAAAAGAAGUGAAUCAAGGUUUGACUCAAGCUCCAAGAAUACAAGAAUAAAAGAAAAGCCGGGUAAUAAGGUUUUAAGGUUUGAAAGAGCACAUGAAAAAAGAAACAACAAUGCUCCAAAGUGUUUUGCAUGUGAAGGUUUUGGUCACAUUGCAUCAGAUUGUGCAAAUACCUUGAAGAAGUCCAAGAAUAAAAGAAAUAAAGCAAUGAAUGUUACUUGGAGUGACAGUGAAGACGACUCUAUGCUUGAAAGUAAUUAUGAAGUGGUGGCCUUGGUAGGAUUAACGACUACUGGUGAUGAGUCUGAAGUUGAAGAAUUUGAUCUUGAGGAAGUAAUGCAACAAUAUAUCAUGUUGUCUGAGGCUUCAAAAGAAUUGAAGAAAAGAAAUUUAGAAUUGAGCAAUGAAGUUGAGAACUUGAAGACUAAUAUUAGUAGGACUGAAGCUGGAUUUCAAUCCCAAUUGGAGGCAGGUGAUGCAGUGAGAAAGUCUCUUGUGGAGGACUUUCAAUCCCUUCAACAAAAGUACCAAGAGAGAUGUGAAAAAGUUGAGGAACUUAAAACUGAAAAGGCUUGUCUGUUAUAUGAGCUCGAGAAAAUGAAAGCUAAGGCUGGAUGUGAUUCUUCAAGUGGUGAAAAGUUGGAAAGUAUUCUAAUGAUUGGUAAAAAAUUUGGAGAUAAACAUGGCCUGGGAUAUGAUGUUGAAAGUUCAUCCAAAGGAGAGCAUGUCACCAAGUUUGUAAAAAGCUCUGAUCAUUCCUCAUCACAAUCUACUUUCCCUGUGCUUGAAGAAGCUAGACCGAUGUUGAAGAAUUUUGUGCUUGUGUGUUAUCAUUGUGGAAAGCGAGGACAUAUAAGACCGAGGUGCAAUCAACUAAGAAGAAAUUCUUGGAAUGACAAGAAGCCACUCAUGAACAAAAAGAAAGAAUAUCUUCAAGAAAAGCUUGAAUUUCUUUUGAAAGAAGUAAACAAGAUAGCAAGAUUUGUUUCAGUUCCAUUCUCACCUAUGCCCAAGAUGAAGCAAGUGUGGAUACGAAAAGAGCCUCAUCUUUCUAAGCUUCCACAUAUAGGUAAGUGA